CGGACGAUGGCGUGUAGACCGUCCGAUAAAUAGGAUCUCUCGCGCGUGGUCCAUCCAAGAGCCGCCAUUACAAGGCCGCUCCUUCGGCAAUGACGUCCUCCCACGUGGCAACCCAGAACGUCCCUUCCAUGCUCCCGUUCCUGUAUCCAUCGAGAUACCCAGCAUUUUGACUACUUUCGUGGCUCCCAGGGGCGCCGCCGCCGUGGAGAUUCUCCCUCAUCCGAUCAUCGGUCUUUUGACAUGUUAUUUAACGAAAGCCUUUAGAUGAAGCUACCUGCAGUUUCAUUCCACUUGAUUGUCUGUCAUGGAUCCCUUCCAAAUCAUGCAAUAUGUAAAGUUCAUCUUGCAGAUUUGACGUCUUCCAAACCAAAUGUACAGCUUUCUCCAUCAACACUUAGAGUUCCUUUAAACAAUGCAUUUUCUGGACAUUACCAUCUCCGAAUUCAGGGGAUAUCAAAGGAACACCAAAGAAAGUAUAUUAAAGUUUUUGCCAAGCUACAGGAAAAUGAUGACUCUGAAAGCAACAGUAGAAAAACUUAUGAGGAUAUGCUUGAUGCUAUUACACACAAAUCAGAAAGUGAUGAUAGGUCUGAGAAAUCAGCUUUAGGAUCAACUGAAUCAAGUUCUCAUGUGGAAGAAUCAAGUUCUCAUGUGGAAGAGGUCUCAAACUGUCUGUCCUUUCCUAGGCAAGAGCUUUCACAGUAUCUGUUUGACCCUGAGGUUUACCUUCACAAAUUAAGGGCUGUGAACUUGCAUGUGUUGGCAUCAGAGCAAUGGAAUGCUUCUUCUCUGAAAACAUGCCACAGAACCUACUUGGCGAGUGCAACAAACUUGAUUCAUUAUUUGGCAUUACACUGCCUUGAUGUAGACCAACUUAAAGAAGACCUUUGUUCAGUAGGUUUUUUGAAUUUGGAAUAUGCGAAUACCAAUGUUCUUGCAAGCAUUACAGCCAGUAUUCAGCUGUUGGAAAACCUGAAAUCUGAUUUUUCUUGCAAGAGAACAUGGCCUACGGACAUGAGAAAUUAUCUCGCUCUCCAGGAGGGUGAAAAGGUAAUGGAUUUGGGCACCAGUGCCAUGAGGAAAAGGGCAUCAAUGCAUGCAACAGCACUAUUUGGACCUCUUCAAGAGAAGAAAAAUGUCCACAUAAUGGUAACAGUUGGGAGAGAAGCGCUCGCCAAUGAAAUGCUUCUUAGCGAUCUUCUCAAAGCAGGAGCAAAUAUUGUACGGAUUAAUUGCGCACAUGAUGGCCCGAGUGUUUGGAGUGAGAUAAUCAGACUUGCAAAAAACAGCUCACAGAUGUUGGAAAAACCAUGUCGAAUUCUUAUGGAUUUAGCUGGACCGAAGCUGAGGACAGGGCCACUGAAGACUGGCCCGGAUGUGAUGAAAAUAGCCCCGAAAAGAGCUGCUCAGGGUGAUGUGAUUUCCCCAGCUCAAGUUUGGUUGUCUCGUACAGGAUGUAGGCCUCCUGCUCACCUAUCAUUGGAUGCUACCCUGUUUGUAGAAGGUGACCGAUUUUUCAAAGAACUUGAGGUCGGUGAUGUCCUAAAAUUUAUUGAUGUUAGAGGAAAACGGAGAUCAUUGACAAUUUCCAAAAAAAUUUCUGUUUUCAGUUGUUGUGGCUAUGUUGCAGAGUCUUUGAAGACUGCUUAUCUUGAAUCAGGAACCAAAUUGUGCAUUCAGAGGAAGAAGGGUAAAGUUUCUAUUGGAGAAGUGGUGAAUGUUCCAGCCAUGGAGCACUUUAUUAGACUGAGGGUGGGAGAUCUGCUAACUAUUACGAGAGACCCCAGAUUAUCUUUGGAAGAAAUAGAUGGUACAACAUAUGGUGCUCCGAGGAUAACAUGUGAUUCUGGUCGUCUUUUUAACUCUGUCAAGCCUGGGGACCCCAUUGCAUUUGAUGAUGGAAGGAUUUGGGGAGUUGUCAAAGGAACUAGUAUCAAUGAGAUUGUGGUUUCAAUCACUCAAGCUAGUCCAAAGGGUUCCAAACUUGGUGCUGAGAAAUCCAUAAACAUUCCCAAUAGUGACAUGCAUUUUGAAGGCCUUACUUCAAAAGAUCUUGUGGAUCUUGACUUUAUUGCUAGUAAUGCUGAUAUGGUAGGCAUUUCAUUCAUUAGGAAAUUAAGUGAUAUGGUUAUUGUUCUGCAAGAACUGGAGAAGCGAAAUCUACGAGGGCUGGGGAUUGUGAUGAAAAUAGAAACUCGUGGUGCCUUCGAAAAUCUGCCUCUUUUGCUGCUUCUGGCAAUGCAAUCCCCAAACCCCCUGGGUGUUAUGAUUGCUAGAGGAGAUCUCGCAGUGGAGUGUGGUUGGGAUCAAAUGGCCGGUAUUCAGGAACAGAUCUUGUCCAUCUGCAGUGCUGCACAUGUGCCUGUUAUUUGGGCAACCCAGGUUCUAGAAUCGCUUACAAAAUCUGGCAUUCCUACUAGAGCAGAGAUCACAGAUGUGGCCAGCGGAAUGAGGGCAAGUUGCAUAAUGCUGAACAAGGGCAAAUACAUUGUAGAAGCUGUUGCAAUGUUGAACUCUAUUUUGCACAACUGUACUGCAAAGAAGAACGUGAAGACUUUACCGAAACCGCUUUUCCCAUCAAGCUGCUAAAUCAGUUGCUUCGCCAUUGUGCUUUUACCCUGACCUAUCUUGCAAUCUGAAUCCCUUAAUGCCUCCAUGAUGGCGGCUGCUGUUUUAUAUUUAUGCAGUAGAUUUCAGGCUCUGUGUAGAGCUGUCUACAUCGGUCUUGCAUCAAUGUGUGGUGUUACAUGCUUCACUAUCUAAAUCAACACAAUUUGAUUGUUGUAUAUAUAAACCAUAAUCUUGUUGCAUGGUUAUGUAUAUAAUUCCAUGUCAGAUGGUUUUGCUGCCAUGACAGAUUCAAGAGGUCACCAUAUUAUGUCAAAAACCAUCAACUUCACUCAAUGACAUGCAUGGUUAUGUAUAUAAUUUCAUGUCA